AUAUUUCCAAUGCUUGCAGCCCAGCGGAACUGUUGAGCAGCAACCGUGUCGAUAGCGAGCAAUAGCGAGAGACAAUCAACUGGAGAAGAAAUCUACCAUCUCUGGAGGGGAUCACACAAGAUGGUGCUCCUCAAGGACAUGAUCGUGAGGCCGAACAACAAUGCCGAAGCAUUCCGAUUGGUCUAUCAAAUCCUAUCCCAAGGGUCUAAAACAUUUCAAGGUGUCGUGAGGGAAGGCAUAAACUUGCGACCGCCAAAAGGCAUGGUCAAGGAGGAGUCUUCCAAGACGGCAGGCAAGACCUUACAAUUACUAGAGACUGGAUCGAAAAAGGCUGCCGCGAGUGCAGCCGCUGUGAGAGCUCAGUUGGAAGCUAUCAGGGCGUCUCAGGAGGAUACAAAGGGCAUAACGAAGAAAGAACGGUUGGCGAUAUUGAAAGCUGGAGUGAGGAGGAUACCUGAGGAUCAUCCGUUUCGUUCUGGCGAUCAUCUGAAAAGAGUCGUCUUAGCGACCCUCGAAUCUCAAGGUUUGAUAGCCAAACGCUUCAUUCCUAUCACCCCUGCCACACCCAUGGUCCCUGGAGAGUCUCGAUUUCAAUGGUUCCUCACACAACCGCCCCCCAAAAGGUGGGAAUCGAAACUAUCUGACGAUCGCCGAUGGGAUAUCAAGCGCCAUUGGAAACGACUGUUGGAAGGAGAGGAUCCACUCAAGACGUUUACAUCAUGGAAAGGAACUAUGAAUCGUCGUCAGGAGUUCGCCUCGGAGAGAGCCAAAGACCUGGGCAGAGUCAAAAGGACAGAGGAGGAGAUCUGGGCUUGGGAUGGCAGAGAUCCAGAUCGGACAACACCCUUGCAACGACUGCAUCUCAAUAAACGGAAUCGGAAACGAAAGGCCAAAGAAGAGAGAGCACUGGUAUUUGAACGCACUGCCAAUGAUGCGGCCAAGAGUGCGGCCAGAAUCAAGGCAAAGGGAAUAGAAGCGAAGAGUCGUAGACCGUCGAAGCGAUCCACUAGGAUUCUCCCCAUCAGAUGAUCGAACGGGGAGUCCGCAAGAGACCCCCGUAUGAGUAUGCGGAUACCUGCACUGCAUAGCCGACCUCCCCAUCAUGUAAUACAUAUUGCAUAGCAUUCAAACCAUCUCAUCGUAGUGUCUCCAUUCGCCGCCCCUCAUGCAGUCAGUCCACC